AAAUACAAGCAACGCAUAACUAGCAUUUUCUUCUUUUCCUUUUCCCCCAUUGCAGAGUAAAGAAAAAGAAAAAGCAAAAUGUUGUUGGUGACAUUAUAUUUCUUUCUCUUUUACAUAAAGGAGAGUGAACAACAUCAAUCAUUCACACAACAACCAACAUACUAGACAGCAACCAACUUUAAUCAACAUAUAUUCCCUUUCUCUUAAUUAAUCACCACUCUCCCUAAUCAUGCAUGCAUGCUAUGCUACAUCAUAAAUAAAAUAUUCCUCCCAAAUUUCAAAUUACUAAGUAUGAGAUGAGACCACGCAUGACUUUCACUUCCUUUAUUAAUCAUUUUCAUUUUUAAAACAUCCAUAUCAACAACAUUAACAUUGCUGUUUGUUUCCACUUCCCGCCAUAACAACUUCAUCUUCAUUCAAUCAUGAACUAUGUCAUCAUGUUCUUCUUCUUCCUCUUCCUAAGCAUCUACAUUGUACCAUGUCUAACACAUAAUGACACACAAGCACUUACUCUUUUCCGCCAACAAACCGACACACACGGUCAACUCCUUACCAACUGGACCGGACCUGAGGCUUGCUCGGCCUCAUGGCACGGUGUCACUUGCACGCCAAACAACCGUGUCACAACCCUCGUACUUCCUUCCCUCAAUCUCCGAGGACCCAUUGACGCUCUUUCUUCUCUCACCCAUCUACGCCUCCUUGAUCUCCAUAACAACCGCCUGAAUGGCACUGUUUCAGCGUCUCUCCUAUCCAACUGCACAAACCUCAAACUCCUCUACCUUGCCGGAAACGACUUUUCCGGCCAAAUCCCACCGGAAAUCUCCUCCCUAAACAACCUCCUCCGUCUUGACCUCUCCGACAACAACCUCGCUGGAGAUAUUCCUAACGAAAUCUCCCGUUUAACUAACCUUCUCACAUUAAGGCUUCAGAACAACGCACUCUCUGGUAACAUCCCUGACCUCUCUUCCAUUAUGCCGAAUCUCACAGAGCUCAACAUGACAAACAAUGAAUUCUACGGCAAAGUACCGAACACAAUGCUUAACAAAUUCGGAGAUGAAAGCUUCUCCGGCAAUGAAGGUUUAUGUGGUUCAAAACCUUUCCAAGUUUGUUCCUUAACAGAGAACAGUCCUCCUUCCUCUGAACCGGUUCAGACAGUUCCUUCAAACCCGAGUUCUUUCCCUGCAACAAGCGUGAUCGCAAGACCAAGAAGCCAACAUCAUAAAGGGUUAAGCCCUGGUGUAAUUGUAGCAAUUGUGGUGGCAAUUUGUGUUGCAUUGUUAGUGGUAACAUCGUUUGUUGUUGCUCACUGUUGUGCCAGAGGGAGAGGUGUUAAUAGUAAUUCCUUAAUGGGUAGUGAGGCUGGGAAGAGAAAGAGUUAUGGUAGUGAGAAGAAGGUGUAUAAUUCAAAUGGUGGGGGUGGUGAUAGUAGUGAUGGGACUAGUGGAACUGAUAUGAGUAAGCUUGUGUUUUUUGAUAGGAGGAAUGGAUUUGAGUUGGAAGAUUUGUUGCGUGCAUCUGCUGAGAUGCUUGGGAAGGGUAGUUUGGGAACUGUUUAUAGGGCAGUGCUUGAUGAUGGUAGUACGGUUGCUGUCAAGAGGCUUAAAGAUGCAAAUCCUUGUGCUAGGCAUGAAUUUGAACAGUAUAUGGAUGUGAUUGGGAAGCUUAAACACCCUAACAUUGUUAAACUUAGAGCUUAUUAUUAUGCCAAGGAAGAAAAGCUUCUUGUCUAUGAUUAUCUCUCCAAUGGGAGCUUGCAUGCUCUUCUUCAUGGGAACCGUGGACCAGGGAGGAUUCCAUUGGAUUGGACAACAAGAAUAAGCUUGGUAUUGGGAGCAGCAAGAGGGCUUGCUAGGAUCCAUACAGAGUACAGUGCAGCAAAAGUGCCACAUGGGAACGUGAAAUCAUCCAAUGUACUACUUGACAAGAACGGUGUUGCUUGCAUAUCUGACUUUGGGUUGUCACUACUGUUAAACCCUGUUCAUGCAACUGCACGAUUGGGUGGGUACAGAGCACCUGAACAGACAGAACAAAAGAGACUGUCUCAGCAAGCUGAUGUCUACAGUUUUGGAGUGUUGCUGUUGGAAGUUCUCACAGGGAAAGCUCCUUCGUUACAGUAUCCUUCCCCGGCGAAUCGCCCUCGUAAGGUCGAAGAGGAAGAAACUGUGGUGGAUCUUCCCAAAUGGGUUCGAUCAGUCGUGAGAGAAGAGUGGACUGGGGAGGUUUUUGAUCAAGAACUUCUGCGAUACAAGAACAUUGAGGAAGAGCUUGUGUCAAUGCUGCAUGUUGGGUUGGCUUGUGUGGUGCAGCAGCCAGAGAAGAGGCCAACUAUGGUAGAUGUUGUUAAAAUGAUUGAGGAUAUCAGAGUGGAGCAAUCUCCUCUGUGUGAGGACUAUGACGAAUCACGCAAUUCGCUUUCACCUUCCAUUCCCACCACUGAAGAUGGUCUUGCUUAGGAAAUUAUAGUACAAUAUUGUUGUCUGUUAUAUAUGUAUGUAUGUCAUUCUAGCUCAUGAGGGAGGAGUAUUAUUUAACUUAUCUUUGCCAGUUGCAUUGUGUUGCAGCAAAUUAGCUUAGCUCUUCAAUCAUAUUAAGUUCUUUGUAAAAUUUGUUGGCUUUGUGUAAUUCCAUUGUUGAACGUGGCAGAAAUCUGAGAAUCUUCAGCUUGAGUUUGGAAUAAAGCCUUGUCUGCUUGAAUUGUAUCUGCACUGUGAAUCCGCAAUCAUUUGUUGUCUACCACACUUCUUUACUCAAAAAUCUACCUUUGAUUUAAAA